AUGUUGGGACUCAGUCUCGACCAGCUGCGUGCUGACAUAUUGGACGAGCAAUUCUUGCAGUUGCAGCAGCUCCAAGAUGAAUCUUCCCCCAACUUUGUCUCUGAGGUUGUCAACAUCUAUUUAUUGUGCAUGGUGGAUAGAGAGCUGUGUGACUACAAGAAGAUGGGAAUCCACUUGAAUCAGUUGAUGGGAAGCAGCUCCAGCAUCGGCGCCCAACGCCUCCGAAACGUCUGCCUCGCCUUUCGCGCCGCUCCCGACCACAACAAUCGCCCCGGAUGCUUAAGGGCUUUGGAGCUGUUGGAAUAUGAAUACUGUUACCUCAAAAACAAGCUGCAUGAACUGUUCCAGAUUGAGCAGCAGAGAAUGCUGGCACCAACACCUUGA